AGAUGGCUGUUUCGUGCAUUGUGAUCGUGUGAGAAUGAAUCAUGGCUGCUGUGUCCACAGCCUCGGCCGCGGAAUCGUUUCCUGUCCGCGAAAAUUCCACCGCUAUUAAUUUAGACGACACGAUAGAAGGUGAAGAUGUCAACGGUAGUCCGAAAGCGAAGCUGGAAGCCGCGGAUAGCAAUGUUAGUUCCGGCACCUUGCGAGCGUCUGGCGGUGCAGCCGGCGCCGCCGCUAAGAAAACCGACAAGGAGAAAAAGAUUGGGCACCGUCGAGUCGACGAAGAAGGCCAAAUCACAUACAAGAAGAUCCAGACGUCACAAAUCAUGUCCUCUAUCCAGCUGGGAAUUGCGCACGCCGUUGGUUCCCUGGCUUCUAAGCCAGAGCGUGACUUGUUGAUGCAGGACUUCGCAGUGGUUGAGACGGUGUAUUUCGCCAAAGAAGGAUCCCAGCACACGCCUGCUCAUCAUAAUCAGGACUUUCGCUUCAAAAUUUACGCCCCCAUGGCCUUUCGAUACUUCCGUGAUCUCUUCGGGAUCCAGCCCGACGACUUUUUGGUCUCGAUGUGUGACUCCCCGUUGAAAGAGUUGUCGAAUGCUGGAGCCAGUGGCAGUAUAUUUUAUCUCACAAUUGAUGAUGAAUUCAUAGUAAAAACUGUGCAGCACAAGGAAGCCGAAUUUUUACAGAAGCUGUUGCCCGGUUAUUACAUGAAUCUGAAUCAAAAUCCCCGCACUUUGCUGCCGAAAUUUUUCGGCCUAUAUUGUUACCAGUGCAACUCCAAAAAUGUUAGGCUCAUUGUGAUGAACAAUUUGUUGCCGUCAUCCAUCCGUUACCACCAGAAGUACGAUUUGAAGGGGUCUACGUACAAACGGAAGGCAAACAAGUACGAGAGGAACAAAAAAUCCCCGACGUACAAAGAUUUAGACUUCAUUGAACAUCACACAGAAGGGCUAAUGUUGGAAGCCGAAACUUACUGUGCAUUGAUGAAAACCAUCCAACGUGAUUGUCGGGUGUUGGAGAGCUUCAAAAUCAUGGACUACAGUUUACUUGUUGGGAUCCAUAACUUGGACCAAGCUGCCAAAGAGCGUGCGCUAAGACACUCUCCGUCGCCAAUGACGGAGAAUCCGGGGAACGACGGAUUGAAGAUGCAGAAGCGUCCCGGAGCCGGGGACUCGAGCAGUGCUGUGGUGGAUACGGAGCCGUAUCCGUCGCACAGCGCAGCUGGCCAACAGCAGCAGCACCAUUACCACCAUCACCGCGACGGCCCGGUGUCACUGGAUGUGCCGUCCGCCAUGAACGCCUCAUACUUCGGCGGCGGUGGCGGCGCUAAAAGCGGACCGGCUUUGACGCGGAGCAAGUCACUCAAUCGACAACGUCUGGUGGCCCACUCCACUGCGAUGGAGAGUAUCCAGGCCCAGUCUGAGCCCAUUGACGAAGAUGACAAUGUUCCACCGGGUGGCAUUCCUGCGAGGAAUGCGCAAGGUGAGCGACUCCUUGUUUUCCUCGGAAUAAUCGAUAUUCUCCAGAGCUAUAGACUGAAGAAGCGACUCGAACAUACCUUCAAAUCUGUGAUACACGAUGGGGACUCCGUGUCAGUACACAACCCUACGUUCUAUUCAGAGCGGUUCCGAAGCUUCAUGGAGAAAAAGGUUUUCAAAAAGAUUCCGUCGCUGGACUUGCCGGAAAUCACGGGAAAACACCGGAAAUUCCGGACCCUGGUUUCGAGUUACAUAGCCCUGAAGCACUCGCCGUCGAAGAAGAAAACGGCCGCGGCGGUGAAACUGAAGCCUAGCGAGUUUGAGCACGGAGAAGCCGAAUCCGCAGGGAAUCCGAGUGGCGGUGGUGGUGGCUUUGGUGGGAAUGGCGCCGGGGCUGCACCGAAGGCCGUGGCACCAGCGGCGGCGGUGACGGCUUUUGAUGGCGCUGACACGUUGUCGGAUGCCGGUGCUGGUGCUGCCGCCGCAGGUGCGACAGCGGCGGCAUCGGUAACGAUGACGGCGGCGGCGCCGUCACCAGACCCGGGCACGGUGUCGCCGAGUGACGUGACGCCGGUGGUUCACUGGCCGUCGGUUUUGCGGGACAGGCCGCGGGUGUCUCGUGGGCCGCCGCCGCCGGUGCCGCCCCGAGGCUCGGGCACUAGUCCUGUGCCGCCUGUCCGCCAAAAUGCCCCUGGCGCCGCUUCGGGUGGUGGUGGUGGAAAAAGCGUCGGUAUGAACACUAUUUCAAUCCCAGAAGUGGCGAUGAAGCCGAGCCCGGUGAGCUCAGUUCCCAUGUUGGCGUGACACACAACUCACUUCGUCACAAUUAUCGAAUUCCCAUUUUUGCAAGAUUUGCAAAUAGACUUUCGGAAGAGAGAGAGAGGAAAAAAAACAGUUGAAUGAAUGAUCCUUGGAGGUGAGAUGAUGGCGCGGACGGAGAAGCGUUGGGGUUAUGUGGUGGUGGCACGGACGGAGCGGGUGCGUCGCCGCGGGCGCCUUGCCCGGCUUUGUGGGUGCUGUGCCAGGUGUUGCGGGUUCUGGUCGACGGAGACGUUCCCGCCGGGCACGAUCGUCGCGGGCAUGUCGGAUCGUGUCGAGGCGUCGAAACGUGCGGGCGACGACGGUAGCGGCGGCGUCGUUGAGUCUCCUCUACUGAUUUGAUUAUCCCCAAGCUUGGUCCCUUCUUUAUUUUUUCAAGAAAAGAUAUUUUGAGGAAUAAAUGGAUUUUGAAGACCGGA